AUGUCUCACGCGGAUGAAUCACUGGGGCUGGAUGUCAUUGAGGUUCCAACCGAGAUACGCGUGGCAUCAACAUUGCUCCCGCGCAUUGGUACGCCUUCGUUAUCAAGUCAUGUCUUUCAGUGGAAACAGUCGCAAUCUCAGGGCCUCGUGGGCAUUUCGAGCCUGGCAGGAGGCAGCUCCGGCAGCUCCGGCUUCCCGUCGCCCAGUCCCAGUCGGCAAGGUCUGCGAAGUCUGGCUCCAGAUCUGCGCGCCUCAUGUCCUGCGGGCUUCGGCUUCUUCGGCUUCAGGAAACCUCACUUGGAACUCGACAGGCCGAUGACCUGUGCACCAGCUGCCGAGCGCAAGUCGGCGAUACAGGCAGGUCGCACGGCCGCCAUCAUUGAGGACAACUUGAGGAGUUCCAGAAAAGCUUUGCCCGAGGCACCUCAAAGCCUUCAUAUUCAUCGGAGGGUUCAUGGCAUGGAUAUCCUUCGCGCUGGAACGACGAGUGCAGCGAUGAUUGAUGCUGGCAAAAACAAGGAUCUGGCAGAGACAUGGUCCAAACCGGAACAAGAUGAUCCCGAUGCAGAGGCCAAGGAGCGACUUCGACUGCAGAGGCUGGUUGAUGCCUUGAGAGCCAAGCGGAGAAGAGAGCAAGGCGAGGACUUGGAGAUUGACCUUGCUUCGGAGGCAACAGGAAGUGCAGCAGGAACUUCAGAGCCAACCAGCCCCACGGCGGCAGCUCUCAAGGAAAAUGAUUGGCAGAAGAUGGUGGAACAACUUCUGAGAAGUUAUGAAUUCUUCAAGCCACUGGAGGCUUUAUCGCCGGGUUUAGUGCAUCGAUUGGCGAAGGAGGUGAUCUACCAGGAGGUUCCUGCGGAGGAGAUGAUCUUCCGGCAGACCGAUCCGCCGGACGGCUGCUGGGUGAUUUUGAGCGGUUGCGUUGGGGUGUAUCUCUUCAAACAUAGCGAGCUGAUGGAUGAGGAAGCACCCACUCCACGUGACGAAUACGACCCUUCGGAAUUCCAGACGUUGAAAGAGGAGAAGGAACGGAUGAGGCAACGGGGCGCCUUGCGCACGCAGCGCACGGCAAAGGACCUGGCGGAUCUGUUGAUCGGCAAUGCCACUGAAAAGGAAACUAAAGUUCCAAAGUCCUCGAAGAGUGCUGCAGCCAAAGGUUCCAUCGAAGGGUGGGCCAAACAAGACGAAGAAGAACCGCGCUACAAGAGCAUUGAAGGUUUUAGUACGUGGUCAUUCCAGUCAGUUCUGGGGGUCGAAGUUGCGAAGCUGGGCGCUGGAAGAAUCUUUGGUGAGCUGGCUUUGCAAACCAAUCAUGCCAGAGCAGCCAGCAUCAAAUGCUUGGAAGAUACCGCCUUUCUGCGGAUCCCCUAUGCGACCUAUCAGGCGGUUGUAAAGGACAUCUUUGAAGGUUUGCGGCUAAAACAGGAAUGCACCCGCAUUCUACAGGGUUGUGCCUUCUUCCGUGAGAUCGAGCGCACCCAGCCGGGGCUCAUCGAGAAAUUGGCCACCAAGGGCUGCACGAUGAUCGAGGAGCGGAAGGAACAAGUGCUUUUUCGUCAGCAGGAUCCAGCACUCAAUUGUUACGUUGUCCUGGAAGGAACGAUCGAUGUCUUGAUCUACAAAGCCAAGAAGAAGGGUGGUGGUAGCCGCAGUGCUCUCGCGGAUGAGCGUCCUACGCCACGCUUUACAGAGUUGAUCGACAAGAGAACAACUUUGACCGAAGCUGCACUCCAAUGGACCAAGACGGCAGAGAGCACGAAGAAGAACAAACAUUUCGAGCCUUGGCCGAGCUCCUUCACUCGCUACAAGACCACAGAAGGUUUCAACAGCUUCGCCAAAGAGUCCAAGUAUGGAACCCGUGUUGUCCAACUGAAAUCUGGCGCCAUCGUGGGAGAACUGGCCCUGCAAAACAACGACGCGCGAGCAGCGACCGUGAAAUGUGCAACGGACUGCAAAUUCAUGGUGGUUAGCAAGGAGACGUUCCAAGAGGUGAUGUACGAUCAUCUGCAGAUGAUGAAGUUUUUUGAUACACAUUUACCUGGCUGCAGAAAACGGGAGUAUUCCGGAGGCCACCCUUGCGUGCAUUUUCAGAAGCGCGUGUUUCCGGAGAACUAUGAGUUUAUGUACGAAGGGAUUGUGGCGGCGGAACCCGCGGUGUUUUUGACCUCCACGGGUACGGUGGAAUUCCGACGCUACCGACAUGUGGGCGAGAACGAGGCCUACUCCAAGCGCCACCACCCGUUGUGUGCGCCGCGCUUGCCACAACUGCCCUCGGCCUCGCGUCAGUCCACCUCGUCUCGGCGCAAUCAGCGCCUGGCCGCCUUAAAAGGGCGCGUGGCUUUGGUCUGUAAUUUGCCCAACAACUUGAAGGAACUACAGACCAAGAGAGCGGUCUAUACAUGUCGCACUGUGGUGGACAAUCCCGAGCUUCCGGACGUGGACAUGGAUCCAGGUUCUCCUUGGGUCUUGGCGGACCACAUGGACGCACCUGGGGUCUUUUGCACCAUGCCAUUCCUCCCCUUGCCCAUUCCAGAGCCGUUCUGGGUUAGAUCCAGCAGCAUCGUGGAAGCGUAUCACAUCGGAGGCCCGGCAGUCGACAAGAUCCCUGCCGCCGUACGGCUGGUCCUGCGAGAGGUCCUGUUCAAAGCCACCGCGAGGAGAAUGCACGGCGAGGAGGCGGAGGAUUUUGGUGAAUUUGACGAGGACGGUUGCACGGCCCUGCUGGAUCGGGGUGGUCCUGGGGGCUUUGAUGAGUACGCCGCGGAGUUUGAACGCCUGCGGAGCAUCGCUCGGGCCGCCUUGGAGUCUCUGCAGGCACAACCCAGCAGUGAGCGAGCACAAGCAGCUCAAAGGGCUGUGGCCGAGAUGGAAUCCAACUGGAGACAGAUUCGACUGCAACAUCGCUUGGAGCUCUCUGGUGUUCAGAGAGGACGUCGCUGGGAUGAUUGGGCUGGCGGCUGGGACGAGGAGGUGAAGACGAUGCGAAGUCAACUCGAAAGUGAAGUGCAAGCCUUGAACCGCAGGGCUCUCUUCACAUCCUCCGGCUCCGCGAGCUCUGCGAGCUCUGUGGCGGAGCGGUCAAGCGCGGCAGCAGCCACCGAAAUGAUGGACAGGAGUAGUGCCAAGCUCACCGAGGCCAAACGCGUGGCCCUAGAGACUGAGGAGGUGGGUCAGGGAGUCCUCAGCGACCUCGCGACCCAGCGCGAAACGAUCUUGAACGUCCGCGGCAACGUCCGUACCAUCGACAGCGAGUUGACCUCUGCGCGGCGCUCGCUGGAUCGCAUGCUGGCGCUGGCGCAGCGCAAUCGCAUCACCACGUUGGUGAUCGCAGGGGUCUUUUCCUUGGGCAUUUCCUUCUGGAUCCUUUGUGUUCUCGGUUUGUCCUUGAAGAGCACCUUAUUGCUGGCCAUCGCGAUGGUGCUGUUGUUGGUUUUCCUUCUGACUGUGCGCCGUCGACUGCAGCUGCAGGCUUCGAUGAUCCUUGAUGCUGCUGCCGGGCCCAUCCCUGCUGAGGAGUUGAUCAAGUCCAUGCAAUUCAAGUUCUUCAAACAGGUGGUCCAAGCCAAACGCCAAGAAGGUGACGAUGGUGGUGCCCUGGGGCAGUUCACCAUUGCAUACAGCGACAACACGGUGCAGACCUUGCGUGUGACUGAGAUCUCAGAACGUGCCCCACUGAAGAGGAGCAUCGGCAUGGAAAUGGUGGCCUCCGACCCGCCAGUGGGCUACAGCGCGCGCACGGAUCUGAUCACCCUGAGCGCCAUUACCCAUGCGGAGAAGCCCUGCGUCUUCGUGGAGUUUAGUUCGGAUUUCUCUUCGGACGCCACGACGGGUGUGCUGGAAGAUUCGAAAUUCAAAAAGCGGGAGUUCUUCAACGAUCUCUGUGCCUUCCCCUAG